AUGGCUGCCUCCUUGAGCUUAAAGCGGAAGGACAAUUGGGCAGACGAUGAAACGUUUGCCCUCGUAAAUAUAUGGCAUGAGAAUCUUUCAAAUUUAAGAAAAAUGACAGAUAUGUCUCUUGAAGAGGACUGCCAGGAAGGUGGAGCAUUACCAAAUCAACUACCUGCUGCAGAUCCAGUAGAAGAUGUUGGUGUCGGUAGUCCCCGGCCUGAACUUCCCGAGCUGGAACCAGUAGCUGGUCCAUCAAAUCAAGAAGAUUCUGUUGCACCCCAGAGACCAAAGAGAAGAAGAGUUGAAGGAGGGAAAAAGACCCGAUUUUUGGGCGAAUUGUUACAAAAAUUCAAUAACAUACAGCAGAAUUAUAACGAUAAUUCGAAAGAAAUGCUGAAUAUAAUGAAGCAAUCUGUAGAAAAUGACGCCAGUAUUAUUGAAGUUUUAAAAGAACAAACAAAUGUGCAGAGGGAUUUGUUAAAUAAAUGA